GGAGGCGGCACCCGCGGAAUCGGCGGGAUCCGGACAUCCCGGAGACCAUCCCGGGACAUUCGGGAGCACUGGAACGUCCCAGAGAGCAUCCCGGACACUCGGGGACAUCCCAGCGAACAUCCCGCACACUCCGGGGCACCGGGACAUCCCAGGGAGCAUCCCGGACACUCGGAGGUACUGGAACACACCGUGGAGCAGCACCGGGACCCUCUGGAGGAGCAUCACAUCCCCCCCUCACUCCUGGGGGACGCUCCGGAGGAGCAUCCCGGGACACCUCGACAACGAUCACGUAGCUGAAUUCUUCAUCGUUUUGUUUGAAAAAUCUUCCUGCUCGGGCAGGAAUCUUUAAAAUCUUCCUGUCCCCGCCGAGGCCGAGUGGCGUUUGCGAUGCCGGGGGGAAGCUGAAGGAAAUGGCCCACCCUGGAAGGCUUUGCAGACUCGGACCCCGUGUGACAGGAGAAAUUGCAAAUCUACAAAGAGACGCUCAUUAAAUUAUUUUUGGGAUAGGAUCCACCAUGCUCCUGUCCCGUCAGGGACUGCUGCUUGGUUUGUGGCCCAGUGUUGCUUUUUUGACAUGGGCUUCUGGAGCUUUUCCUCAGAUAGUGAAGAGUGGAGGGAAGAGAAAAUAUAUUAGUAGGAGUAAAGGCAGGUCUGGGAACUGUUGCUUAAAAGAGAGCGGAGUAUUUCAUGUGUUGCCAUGUCUGAUGAUGCUUUAUUGGAAGAGGACAUUUGGGAGUACAAAUCCAUUAGGAGACGAAAGCAUCAGAGUAAUUCACAGAGCAUCUCUACUCCUGUGCAGGAAAUAAGUGAUGGCAAGGGCAGGCCAAAAAGAAAGAGAAAUAGGAAAAAAAAAUCCACAGAAAAAACUGAUACACCUCAGAAAACCAAGCAGAGCUCACAGCCAGGUCAGGAUGUGGAUCAGUGUAAAGAAGACAGUAGUGUGCACUCCCAGGAAAGCGUGUGUAGCCUGUCAGAGCAGAGCUCACAAAAUGCAAAGCGCAUUCACGAUGGAUUCUGCCCCAGCUGCCAGAUGCCUUUCUCUUUGCUACUGGUCCAGACACCUCAGUGGCAUGUCUAUGAAUGUUUGGAAACUCCAGGACCCAUUGAAAAAGAGUGUCCUGAUGGUUUACUGUGCACCUCCACCAUUCCAUCUCACUACAAGCAUUACAGCCAUUUUCUACUUGCAGCAAGCAGGGCAGGGGAGUAUCUUGUGAACUCUACAGAAACCACUGUGGAGAUGAAGGUAGCAUGUUCUACUGCUGCAAAGCCCAGCUGUUCCCCAGGUUAUGCAGCAGAAACCUCACGGAGUGCGAAACCCUCUACUGAAAUAAAGCAUGUCCCAAGUGAUGACUGCGCAUCAAUGGUACGGAAUUCAACGCAAAUGAAGUCUCUAAAUAUAAUUAGGGGGAGUACUUCCUUUUUUGCAGGUGUUGAAAAACCUCAACAGAUGGCAGAUAAUUGUUGUAAAUUUGAAUUUUUUGAUUUUGCAUCCUCUCAAAAAAGUGAAACAGGAAAAGAUCUGUGUAUUGAGAAAAAUACAAGUCAGCUAAGUCUGCUACAGUCAGGAGUGGACUUCAAUGACUGUGAAAUUUCUUAUUCUCCACUAAGUACAUUUGAGGAAAGUGAAGAGGAAGAGGAGGAGAAAGUAAAAGUAUCACAGAAUAAAUUAUUCCAAGUGCUGAACUCAGAAGGAGACUCUAGUUCUGUGGCAUUUAAAACGUUGGAUGGACCUCUCUUACAGAGGAAGCCUCAGUAUGAGCAUACAAAAACGGAAAAUUUCAUCGCUAAAAAAACCCUCUGUGAGGAAGAGAAUACACUGAACCAUCUAGAUCAGCGAGGGGUGGUAGCCAGUGGGUCCUCUUUUGCUUCUAGUUGCAAGGAGGCUGAACAGCCAGAAUUUAUUUCCUCUGCUGGCAAAGCAAGAACCACAAAGUCAGAAGAUGCUGGUGCUCGUGCUCUGGAUUCUGCGUAUGUGAGUUUUACUGAGACAUCGUCACUGCUAGACAGAGAAGGUGCUGGUUCUCUUCUGACACAGAAGAGUAAUGUUUUGAGGGAGCCAAGUAGCAUUUUAACUCAUGCUGAUAAAAUGACUGCCAGUACAAUUGAAAAAACAGCUUGCCAGGAGAGUUUGCAGACAGCAGUGGAGAAAAAAGGAAAUCUCAGUACAGCUGCUGUGUGCUUUCCCAGUCCCAUCUCUUCUAAAUCAGUGUCAUCUCUUUCAUUAGCAUCUAUGAACACUAAAUCCAGUCCUGCCAAAGAACUUAAACAAAUGGACAUUGGUGUUUUCUUUGGGUUAAAACCCAAAGCAAAGGAGGAACACAAAGGAGAGCCAUGUUUGAAUGAGAAAAAGCAGAUAUCAGCUUCAAUAUCUCCUAAUGGGAGGAGGCCCAGACAGCAAAAAAGGAAGGCUGAAGGGUCUGUGGAAGAUGUGGAAGCAGUUACAGAAAGUUCAACUAAAAAUGAAGCCAUUGCAGAUGUACCUUCUGGUGGCCAACGAAGGUGGAGAAAAAAAUUUAAAGAAUUGCCUGCUACAGGUGAAAAAACAAGUAAAAAACACUGCCCCUUCUACAAGAAAAUACCAGGAACUGGUUUUACAGUUGAUGCCUUCCAGUAUGGAGAAAUUGAAGGCUGCACAGCUUAUUUCCUUACUCAUUUUCACUCUGACCACUACUGUGGACUUACAAAAAACUUCAGGUUUCCAAUCUACUGUAAUAAGGUAACUGGCAAUCUGGUGAAGAGCAAACUCCGAGUCCAGGAGCAGUAUGUCCACGUGCUGCCGAUGGACACGCAAUGCGUGGUCGAUGGGAUCAAAGUGUUGUUGCUCGAUGCCAAUCAUUGUCCAGGUGCAACAAUGAUCCUUUUCUACCUGCCAAGUGGAGCUGUUAUUCUGCACACAGGGGACUUCAGAGCAGACCCUUCCAUGGAGCGCUACCCUGCUCUGAUGGGCCAGCAAGUUCACACUCUUUACCUUGAUACCACAUACUGUAGCCCUGAGUACACUUUUCCUUCACAACAAGAGGUUAUCCAGUUUGCUGUUAACAUUGCCUUUGAGACAGUGACUUUAAACCCACGAACUCUAGUUGUCUGUGGCACUUACGCCAUUGGAAAAGAGAAAGUUUUCUUAGCAAUUGCUGAAGUUCUGGGCUCAAAAGCAAGCAUGUCCCGUGACAAGUACAAAACCCUGCAGUGCUUGGAGUCAGAAGCUGUUAAUUCCCUCAUCAGCAUGGACUGGAAGGGUACUUUGCUUCAUGUUCUUCCCAUGAUGCAAAUUAAUUUUAAGGGCUUGCAAGAUCACUUGAAUAGGUUUUCUGAGAAUUUUGAUCAAAUUCUUGCUUUCAAACCUACGGGGUGGACCUACUCUGAUUCAUGCCUUUCUCUGGAGGAUAUCAAGCCUCAGACAAGAGGGAAAAUCACUAUAUAUGGGAUUCCUUACAGUGAGCACAGCAGUUACCUGGAAAUGAAGCGUUUUGUUCAGUGGUUGAAGCCACAGAAAAUCAUCCCCACUGUAAAUGUUGGUGACUGGAGAGACAGAAGCUUGAUGGAAAUGCAUUUUAGAGACUGGAUGACCGAGGGCAAUAGGCAUAAAUAAAUAUAAGGAAGUAUGUAUAUUUUAAAGGAAGUAGGCUAGAAUGGGAAUUGAGUUCCUAUAACUUUUAUUUAUUUCCCUUUUCCACAAAGCUUUCUUUAGGGAGGACUAAACUGCCAUUCAUUGAAGAAAGAUAAAUUUGGGGAAAGAAAAAAGGCACCUUGCUUUCUUGUGUUUCUAUUACUUGUGUUUCUACUACUUCUUUUUCCCCCCAUAACUUACCAUUUUUGUAAGUUCCUAUUUUAGGUUAUUUUUAUUUUACUCCUUUUCUCCUCUUCUUAAUUUUCCUCAGGUUGUGGAGAUGCUCAGAUGUGUAAUGCUGGGGAUUAAACAGUCUCCAGGGUAAUUUCUGAAAAUAAGUUAUUGUAAUAAAUGAGACAAUACCAAGCUUUUGUCACAUGCUGUCAACUCAGGCUUCAGAGAAGCUCAUUUCAUGAGGCAGAACUGACUGUUGUGAUUUAAAUCUUGUCAAAAAAAAACCAAACUUACCUUGUGAGAGAGUAUUGAGUUGGGCUCCUGCAGCAUAUGUACUUUAGACAAUUGUUUACAAAAGACAUUUCUAUAUUCUGCUCAAGAUUUUCUGGGGUUUUUUUUGUUGAUCUUUUUUAAAAUAAAGAAUACAACAUAUGCCUAUUUGUUCUUUCUGAGUAAAAUGCAUUUCCUUUCAGUGCCAGAGUUGCUAACCUGAACAGCCUGUCUGCACUAUCUUUGGUGCAUGUGCUGUGUAUGUUGCUUGUCUAAAGUUGCUCUCGUGUCCUCUGUAGUGCCAGUUCUCAUCACGUGUUCAAAGCACAGCAGUGGUUCCUCACCAUGUAAUCUCCACUGGAGUUUGCAGGGUUGUCUAUAUACAGGUUUGUCACCUGAAUUCUGGAAAAACAUGAAAGGCAAAUAUUAGUACUGGCAGCAGAAAAGUAAAUUUCACUUUUCAUUUUUUUCCCUGAUUCCUACCAGAUUAUCCAGUGCUGAUUUUUCUGUAUCUGCCUGGUGUUUAUGUACUGAAGUAUGUGGGUA